AUGGACUCAGGCCGGUCGAAGAAACGGAAGUCGAUGGCAAACGGACCCGACCAGACGGCCUCCCAGACCCGCGUCAGAGUCGAGGAGAACGGCAGUACCAAGGACGAGCCUGUGGAUGAUGCCCUGCUUGCCAUCCCUCUGGAUGCUCAUGGAUCUCUGGAAUACGGCUCCAACUGUGCCCGGCCUACGUUGAGUCCAAUCAACCCCCAAAACACUGCGAUCAGGAAGUCCCUUCACUCGAUCGAAUCGAUAUCAAGGAGCAAUCCCAGAGCAAUGUCCCUCGGCUCCAAAUCUUCGGAGUCACCGAAGCAGGCCACUCAGUCCUUGUCCACAUCCAAGACUUCUUGCCUUAAUUCUGGGUCCCAGCUCCGAAAGGGUUCCAGAACACUGACUUCCGCCCUCUCGCUCGGUGUCAAGCCUGUCCAUAGUCUCUCAGUGGCUUACAAGACCUCCCUGUGGGGAUACACUGGGGACACCCAGUCUCCGUUCUUGAAGAUCGUCCUGACAGACUUCAAACACCUUGAUGCUUUCGAAAGAGGAGAAGUCAACUUCCGCGAGAUGUUUACGGUAGAGAUGGGCCCGGCGCAUCCGGAUAUCCGUUCGGAUUCGGAUAUCCCCUCACGUUUUCAGCCAAAUCAGACAUCCGCAUCCGCAUCCGCAUCCCCUGGCGGAUACCCGCUGGCCCUGGCGGGUAUCCGCGCGGAUACCCGCGGAUAUCCGCCCCAAAAAUGA